UUCUUCUCAAGUAAUCGCCACAUCUCCCACUGUUACCCAAGAGCUAUCCUCUACAGCUCAACACCUCACCCCAUCUAACAACAACUUCCAAAAAGAAUGAGUCUUCCAGCAGCUCCCGACAGGCCUAGCUGGCCGUCAAUGGUUCUCCGCAAGUGCAAGGAGCAACCUGCCGUCCCACUCGGUGCCGGGGCUACUGUGGUCGCUUUGCUUGGUGCUACCUAUCACUUGCGAAGGGGAAACCGUAAUCGAUUCAACCAAUUCUUGAGGUGGCGUAUCUAUGCCCAAGGACUCACCGUCGCUGCUCUUAUGGUGUACGGUAUCAAUGAAAUGAAGGAGAGAGAGGCCGCUGGCAUGAUCGAACGUACACCCAACAACAAAAUCAUGGUCUACCCGCAAACCCCGCAACCAAGAAUCGUCGAUCAAGUCGAGCCCAUCGUCAUUAAGCCUGCUACCCCUUCAUCGUUGCCUGCCUCAUUAUCGACAGUUGUUGACUCGGAUGCGGAAGACAAGACUGCCAGUGCCUACCCGCUGAGGAAGGAGGAGAGGAUGAGUGUGUCCGACUUUGCCAAGAGGCUGAGAGCGGCUGAGGCUCUGCACAAGGAAGAAGAGAAUGCGAAGAAAGCUUAAGGGAUGGAAGACGAACUAUAAUCAAGCACAUCUUUUGUAACAGCUAGCAGUCAUUGGCAUGCAUUGAUCACUCUUUUCAUCGCUGA